CCAAGCGCCAAGUGUCCGGGGCCUGCAAGUGGCGGCUUCCACAGCUCCACGGGUAAUGGCGCCAUUUUGCCUCGUGCCAGUUGGCUUUCACUUUGAACACUGCCCGUGUGUGCACGCUGGCUGACGGGGCUACGAGUGUUGUCUCAGCCUGGCAUCCUGCUAGUCCAGCGGAGAUGUGGGAUUGGCCACCACGCGCUGCUAAGCUCAUCUCUCGACUCCAAAAGCCAUUAUCUGUCUCAUUUCAACUUUCAUGAAAAAGGCUGCCAUGGAAACAGUCUAGCAGCAGCCAGUACUUUCGUCUGUGUCUCUCCACUGUUUGCAGUCGUCUGUUGACACUCAGAGCAUCUCCACGGCGCAGUGUUAGAUUCUCUGAUCACUUGUCUUACCAGUGUAUCUCUUCUACCUGAGAACACAGAUCCAUCACCAGAAAAUGACUGCUUUGCUCACCCUGACUGUUGUGCUUCACCAUGUUAUAGGCGUGGAGAUACCUAUAGGUUUGAUCCUCCAUGAAAACGUGCAGAAGCUGCAACAAGCCUUCGACUUCGCCAGCAUGGUGCUCAACAACAAUGUCGACACGUCCAAGAAAAAGAAAUUUCUGUAUAAUGUAGGUCGUAACAGGACAGACCUGAGCGACAACUACAAGAUGGGAUCGGCCAUCUGCAGACUGGUUGGCGACGGCGUUAUCGCAGUAGUGGGUACCUCUCACCCCUCGACCUUUAACACCAUACAGUCCUACAGCCACGCUCUGCACGUGCCAGUCAUACUGGCGUCAUCGACGAGAGUCACCUCCCCUGAUCGCUAUCUGUAUGACGUCAGCACAUCACCGCCCUUCAUCGAAGCCGUCAUGAGGGUCAUCGCAGGCCUGCCCCGCAAUCACACACUGUACUAUGUGUACGAUACAGACGACGGUCUGUGGCGACUGCAGAAGCUGUACAGUUUCUUCCAGCAAAGACAAGAGUUGGCGAAGUCGUUGGACGCGUACCGUAUCCGCGAGCUGCACAGCGCCUACACUGUGCUCCGUACUGACAUGAAGACUGACGACAGAAAGACGAUCGUCCUCGACCUCGAGUCAGCGCAUGCCUAUAAAACUGUUCUCGAGCAGAUUGUGGAUGUUGGGAUGAACAGAGAUGAAUACCACUAUAUACUUACAUGUGCUUCUGCCUUAGACCUCGAGAUCGAGUCCGACUUUUACUCCCAGUUUCUAUACGGAGGGGUCAACAUCACAGCCUUCGGGUUCAUCAACAACAACAGCGAGGUUUACCGCACUUGGCAGCAGCGCUGGCGGGAGUACCAGGAUCAAUUUCCAGACCUCUACCCCAUUACAUCCGAUACAGCCUUAAUGAUCGACGCCGUCCGCACUGCGUAUGAAGCUGUACAGAAGACGCGCAACCUUCCAAAGACUAGAAACAGGGGAAUCCAGACUUCAAGAUGUCGCUUGGACCAACCCCAGCCAUCCAUUGUCGGUGACCAAAUCAUAGAAUCAAUCGAAAAGGUGGAGUUUGAGGGCUUGACUGGACCUGUUCGUUACACAGACAGGAAGAGGACAGACUAUACGAUUGAUGUGUAUAGCUUAAGUUUCAAGCAGAAAAUGAAAAAGAUAGACUCCUGGAGGGCAUCGGACUUGAUACCAAAAAACUUCGGAUCCUACCUUCCAGACAUUGUAGUACCCAACGCCACCCAGCGAGUAACGACUGUCAAGGAACCACCUUUUGUUUUUGAAGUUGAAAACAGCAAUGGCGAGCCUUCUGUUAAUGGGAAGAACCUGGAGGGCUACUGUAUAGACCUGCUGAAGAUGGUUCGCCAGAUCGUCGGCUUCGAGUACCACAUCCGGCUGUCCAAUGGCUACGGGUCCAACAGAGACGGCGUGUGGGACGGCAUGAUAGGCGAGCUAGUCCGCAAAGAAAGCGACAUUGCCGUGGCACCUCUCAGCAUCACAGAGAGCCGCGAGAGAGUGGUGGACUUCACCAAGCCCUUCAUGAACACUGGCAUCUCCAUCAUGAUCAAGAAGCCCGACCGCCAAAAGCCAGGUGUCUUCUCCUUCAUGGAGCCGCUGGACAUGUACGUGUGGCUGUGUAUCGUCGUCGGCUUCAUGGCCGUCAGCUUCGUCCUCUUCUUCGUCGGCCGCUUCUCGCCAUACGAGUGGAGCGUGACGCAGUCUGGAAACAAGGACCCCACUGCCACCAACGCCUUCACAAUUUCUAACACACUCUGGUUCUCACUGGGAGCCUUAAUGCAGCAAGGAUCUGAUAUUUCCCCAAGGUCCCUCUCCGGACGACUGAUCGGCUCGGCCUGGUGGUUCUUCACUCUCAUUAUCAUCUCCUCCUACACGGCUAAUCUCGCCGCCUUCCUCACCAUUGAGAAACUCAUUUCCCCAAUCCAUUCAGCGGACGACCUUGUCAACCACCCGACCAUCAAGUAUGGUACUUCGAAAAAUGGGUCGACCUGGAUGUUCUUUCAGACGUCCACGGUUCCAACAUUUAAAAGAAUGAAGGAAGUGAUGUCACAAAAUCCAGAAGAAUCGCUGCUGGAGACCGUCGGAGAGGGAGUUGCAAAGGUACGGGCUUCAAAGCACGACUUUGCUUUUCUCAUGGAGUCUUCAAUGAAUAAUUACCAUGGACAGCAGAAACCAUGUGAUGUCAUGAAGGUGGGAGAGAACUUGGACAACAAGGGCUACGGGAUAGCUACAUGGAUCAACCACCCUUUGAGGCAUAAUAUCAACAUAGCAGUGCUGCACUUGGGUGAGAUAGGCGAGCUGUACAAGCUGGAGCAGAAGUGGUGGUACGACAAGGGCAAGUGUGGCGAUGUCAGUGCUAGCAAGGACUCCGCAGGAACACAAACAGCGCUGACUCUCAGUAACGUUUCUGGAAUUUUCCACAUUCUGAUUGGUGGCUUGGUCUUAUCCAUGAUUACAUCAUCAAUAGAGUACCUCGUACAACGGCAGUUGAAGUCCAGAAAAACAAAGGGGCAAGUGUGCCGAGUACCCCCGCCGCCACCACCGCCACCACCCAGACGUCCGUUUUUACAUGCGCCAGCUUCACGACCAGACUACAGGUGCCCUGACUACGAAAACGAAUUGAACCAAGAAAAACUUGGAACAACAAGUCACAUGAUGUCCUUUGAUCAUCCAGAAAGAUUUGGUGAACAGACUGACAUAUGAAAUUCAUAGUACCCAGCUCUUUGCUUCAUCUCUUUUUUCUCUACAGGUCAUUUGUAUUUAAUGUUAACGAUAAAUUUCAAACCAAACGUAUGUAAACUCUUAAAGUAUUAUUCAGAUUAUUUAGACUAUGUUAAUUCACGUCGUAACAAUAGUCUGGCCAUCAAAAGUGAGAAUUGUAAGCAACCCAACCUCCAUUGCACACUUGCAUGUGAAGCACUAUAGCACGGUAACACAAAACUAAGAUGCAAGACUUUUAUUUUGUCGAGGGCAUUACAGUUACUUUCUGGUGAUGUUAUUCCCCUGUCUACAUAACAAAAAGCACUGCUUCCACUAUAUGAAGACAAACACUGCCGCCCCUACUCAUACUUUGCUAUACUGUGGUACAUGGAUGGUGGCUUUGCUGACACGUAGAUACUACUGUGGUGCUUCUGUUAGCACGCAAAGCAAACACUUUCAGCUCGCACCUUGCUCACCUUUAUUUUCUGACAGACACACACAGCACCAACUAUGCUUAUUAUAAGUUACUAUGAAGAUUUGUUAAUGUUGUGAGCAAUCACUGUACUUUUAAGUAAUUUCAUUGAUGAUCUUUGCCUAUAAUCUUUACAAAUAGUUUGAAACAGACUCUUUGCUUUAAAUGGUGAUGAUGUAGAGAAACUUUUGUUUGACAGGAAUCACAUUUUCAAAAUCAUUACAGAGGUUAAUUCUUUCUCUAUAAUAUCAUCUUUUUUUAUUUUUUGUGUGAAACUGUCAAAAUGUCUGCUAUAAGAGGCUGUUAAAAAACAAACAAACAAAUAAAAUAGACGACAACGAAAAAAGUAAAGUAAAAAAAUAAAAUCAUGUGAAUGUUCUGACAUUCCAGUCAAAUAAUUAAGAUUUUUUUCCAUGAAAAUUGAUCACAACGCACUUAAUGCAUUUCGAGGCUUUCAAAGAUUUUUGCUUACAAAUGGAGUUCACGAUAAAGCUCCUUUUGAGCUGGUUUGAUGCUGUUUGCUUCUUUCUUUAGUUUUGAUUAUUUUUUAUUUUCUGUUUGCGUUUGUAAUUUCAAAUGCUUUGAAAAAUAACUAUGCUUAAAAUAAAUUCUACCAUCAUGCGUGCAACUGCGGGCACCGUCGCGCAUGUGCGUUUGUGUAUGUGUGGGAGAGAGUCAGAGAUGAAAGAAAUAAAAUGUUUCUACAAAGGUGUUUACUUCUUGUCCGUUAUUCCAGUCAUUCCCAACCACAAGGGCACUCAUUAAAACUGAUAUUUCGCGUC